AUGGCGUGGACCGAACCGCGGUCGCAUCCGGACCCACAGCCACAACCGAAGCUGACGGUCCGCAGCCUCAGGACUCACACAGCAUCUUCAUCAGCCGUCCUCCUCCUCCUCAUCCUCUGGUUCGCUGCCUUUUCUGGCCCCUGCACAGCCGGUCCACCCCAGCCCGCCCGCCCUCCUCUCCUGUCCGGACAGCCUUUCAUUAUCUUCUGGGGCAUCCGUGACUCUUCGUGCUCCGGCCGGCCAGAUCCCAGAUCCUUUGGGAUGGAACGGGAAGGCCGCGUGGCGGUCUUCUACAGGGAUUCGUUGGGGAACUACCCGUAUUUUGUGGACAAGGACACACCGGUCAACGGGGGGCUACCGCAGCACACUCGCCUGGACAGCCACCUCCAGAAGACACAGCAGGACCUGGAGGCUGCUCUACCCGCCCCGAGGUACCUGGGGCUGGGGGUGCUGCGCUGGGCCGAGUGGGUCCCCCAGUGGUCGAGGAACCAAGAGAAGCAGGCGACGUAUCAGGAGGCGUCCAGGAACUUGCUGAGGUCGUUUUUCCCAAGCUGGACCCCAGAAGAGGUGGAGAAGUGGUCAAAGGUGGACUUCGAGGCAGCAGCCCAGUCAGUGAUGAUGGAGACUCUUCGGGAGGUCAAAAGGUUACGGCCCAAAGCAUUGUGGGGGAUGUCCCCUUACCCCAGCUGCUACAACAACAGCCCCGCCCAAACCACGUUAGCCAACUACACGGGCCAGUGCCCUGCUGCGGAGAUGGCCCUGAACGACGAGCUGCUGUGGCUGUGGAAGCGAAGCUCUGCCCUCUACCCUCUGCUCACACUGGACAAGCUGCAGAGCGGCACCGCCGGAGCCAGACGUUAUUUAUCGAGUCAAAUAAAAGAAGCACUUCGAGUGUCAUCUCUGGCCGGAGCCGAGUUCGACCUUCCCGUGUUCCCUCUGGUCAAGAGCGUCUACGCCUCGACCAACACUCCGCUAUCACAGGCCGACCUGGUCAGCACCAUUGGAGAAAGCGCUGCCAUGGGAACAGCCGGAGUUGUCUUCUGGGAGAGAAGUGAGACGAAGACGGAGAGAGAGUGUCAGGGCCUGGCAGAGUUCGUCCGCAAGGUCCUGGGACCUUACUCCGUCAACGUAACCACGGCAACCCGGCUCUGCUCGGCCUCCCUGUGCCAGGGGAAGGGUCGGUGCGUCCGUCAAAACCCAGAGAGCUCUGCCUAUCUCCAUCUCCCACCCCCACCCACGGCGGCAGCAGCAGCAGCAGCAGAGGCAGCAAAAGCCACACUUCAGCCAGACACAGACACCAAAGCAGCCGAACCGGAUCCAGCUGAGAUCUGGAAGAAGGACUUCCAGUGUCAGUGGUACAAGACUGCAGACGGGGACGUCUCGGACCAGCAGUCCCCCAAAGACGGAGCCUCUGUCGGGAGAACGGUGCAAGUCGGAGCUACGAGAGCUUCUGCAAUAGCUUCUGCAACAAAACGUGCCUCUGUGACUGAGUUUAGAGGAAGUAGUUCACCUGGUACUGGAAGUCCGAUGCCUUCGGUACCUACAGACGGUGGAACCAGACCACUGAGUGGCCUCGACUUGACUGCUUUGCUGUUGCUGGUGGCUGGAAGCCUUUGCCUGGAUCCUUAAAAAAUCUGAACUAAACCAGCCGUCACCUGGGAGAUUAGACUUGUGAACAUGAGCCCGUCUGAAGUGCCCUUGAGCCAGACACUGAAUCCCUGCUAGCUGCGGGUGUGCUGCUUUGCUGCUGAACACAAUGUGGAGAGAGUUCUAGAAACGAGGAGGACAAACUGUGUCUGGAGCUGGAUGUGCCAACAGACAGUGGUACAAACACUUGUCGCUGUUUUUCAGUUUCUACUGACUGC